UAACAUUGAAAUGGACGAAUACAAAUAAAAACCCGUGCCCGGUGUGGGAUAAUAUUGACCAUAUCGUAAUAUUUUUUAAUACUGUAUAGUAUGUUGAAACCCGAUUAUUUUACAAGUAUACAUUAUUGUGCCCCACACACUACGCCCUUUAAGUCGAUUUUAUUCAAAGUCAAUGUGAUUUUUUAUCAACCAGACGGAGACUUGCGAAUCACCCUGUAUACAUAGAACGGCGGCGUCGUCGUUAAUUAUAUCGUGUCGUAUAAUGCAAUAUAAUGAUAUUAUUAUUAUUUUAUAUCCCACUGGAUCCCGGAAAACGCGUGCUCUGCGCUGCACGGUCAACGGCGUUUGGGGGCGACGCUCACGGCCCGGAACGCGCAUAAAAGCGCCUUGCUCGCUGUCCGUCGGCACCACUGCUGAAACGCGUGUACAAAGUCGUCCGCUCCCGAUUCGUGUACGAAUCCGACAGGUGUCCGCAGCCCGUCGCAGUCGUGUUCUCCGCUGUCGCCGUAGUCGUACCAAAAGUCGAUUUACUUAUAUUAUAUCAUAUUUUGAUAACACGUCGCUAUCACGAUGACGUCGAAUCAACUGGUCGUCGUCGGCGCCGCCGCCGUGCUGUGGUGGUCGUGUGCCUCCGCCGCCACCACCGACGUCUCUCCCGGUGGCCAAGUCGCGUCUGCAGCCAACACCGCCGAAGGACUGCCCAGCCUGGCCGAUAUUUCGCGGAUAAUCGAAGCUCAAGGGUUGCUGCUGUCGUCCGGCACGCCGUUCGACUUGUUGGAAGCUUGGAUGACCGGUGACGACGGUGGCGAUCCGGCCGAAGGUCGGGGGAAAAAACCCAAACCGGCGAUGAUGGCCAUGACGAUGGCCGGUACGGCGGCCGCCAGCAUGCUGAUGAUGAAGGCCAUGGCCGCGAUCAAGCUGUUCAUCAUACACGCGUUUUUCGCCACCAAGCUGGGUCUGGUAGUCGGCGCCUACCUUUUGGUGUGCAAGCUGAUGGAAAUGAAGUCGCCGGCCAAGAAGUCGGUGCAGGUCAAGUGGGUGUCGGCGCCCGCGCACUUUGACGAACAUCCCCCGCAGAUGCCACCCAUGAUAUCCCACUACCCCGACGCCGGCCAGUCGUCUUACGAACCGCAACAGGAGCAGCAGCAACAGCAACAUCAACCCACCGACCAGUACGGACCACCGCCGCAACAGCAACAGUACAUGUCGUCCGGAGACUUCAACGGCGGCGGCGACAUGCAGGCACACUAUACGUACGUGAGUCCGGUCACGUACAGGCCGACGAUGGUCAACCGCAAUCAGUCGGACAACAUGGCCAAGUCCGGCAGAGUGAAGUCAUAAGACGAAACGGACGCCGGCGGCGAUGGUGUAUAAUUAUUAUAACUUAUUGCAGGUACAUAACACACCAAUUUUGUUUCUUUUUUAAAAAAAAUAUUCUCUACUCACCCUGUAUACAACGCGUGCUGUAUCCCACUACACCCAAGUACCUAAUUAAUUAAUUAACUGAAAUCCAUGACUUUCAGAAAAUCCCAUAUCAACACACACACGCGCGUCUUUGUUGUUCGUCCCGACUCUGCGUAUAGCCAAACCGAAUUCGCAACAGUAAUAAAGUAUUAGGUAGUGAAUCGUCCACGGUGUUCCAAGUGUAGAGUGAGAUGUAUAUACAAUUCUAUAAUUUUUUUUCCGAGAAGAAUUUUUUAAUUAUUAUUCAUACAGAUGGUAAUAAUAUACUAAG